AAUGAGAGAGUUUUCAGGCUUUCCCGAGUCUUCGUUGCAUUUGUCUCUUUAAACACAUUAAACUUGACAUGUGGCAUGUUGCUGACAGGCAGGAGUUAAAGGAACAAGCCCUCCUACCUGCUUGUAGGGCGGUAGCUUCCAAGGCCACAGCAAACGUGUAUCUGUGUGAACUUGAUCCAGAAACAGCCAGGCAGGGGACAAAGUUUAAUUAGAGGGAGUAGUUGGCUGCCAGUAGUUUCAGGCUGUCUGUCCAGACUUCAACUUGCCGUUUUGGAUUCCCCUCUUGCAUCAGACCUCCAUUGCCAUCUGAGUGUCAUCUCAGGACCUGGGUCACCCUCAUGGCACAAUGGCCAACCCUCAGGAGCACCUGAGCUGCUCCUUUUCACCACACCUGCCCUUGACUGAGAACAAAACCUCCAGUGGACAGAAUGAGCUUGCAGCUGUGGGGAACCAGCCUUUACCCAACCUCCCUGAGGACCUCCAGGAGAAGGCUAUGCAGCCAGAACUGAUGGAUAUCACAGGCAGCCCCAUCUCUACAGCAGUGCUGACCAGUGUAAGCGAAGAUUCCAGGAGCCAGUUUGAAAACAGUGUCCUUCAGCUGAGGGAACAGGAUGAAUCAGAGAUGACUGUGUCUCUGGGGAACAGCAGCACUGUGGAUGGGGACAGCACAAACGCGACGGAAGACAUCAAGAUUCAGUUCAGCAGGUCAGGCAGUGGCGGGGGUGGGUUUCUCGAAGGGCUGUUUGGAUGCCUCAGGCCCGUGUGGAACAUCAUCGGGAAAGCAUAUUCCACCGAUUACAAGCUGCAGCAGCAAGAUACUUGGGAAGUGCCAUUUGAGGAGAUCUCAGAACUGCAAUGGCUGGGGAGUGGAGCCCAGGGAGCUGUCUUCCUGGGCAAAUUCCGAGCAGAGGAGGUGGCCAUCAAGAAAGUGAGAGAACAAAAUGAGACGGACAUCAAGCAUCUGAGGAAGCUGAAACACCCCAACAUCAUUGCAUUCAAGGGUGUUUGCACUCAGGCCCCAUGCUAUUGCAUCAUCAUGGAGUACUGUGCCCAUGGACAGCUUUAUGAGGUCUUGCGAGCUGGCAGGAAGAUCACACCUCGCUUGCUCGUCGACUGGUCCACAGGAAUUGCUAGUGGGAUGAAUUAUCUCCAUCUCCAUAAAAUCAUACAUCGUGACCUCAAGUCACCAAAUGUUUUAGUGACUCACACAGAUGCAGUCAAAAUUUCAGACUUUGGUACAUCCAAGGAACUCAGUGAUAAAAGCACCAAGAUGUCCUUUGCUGGUACAGUUGCGUGGAUGGCACCUGAGGUGAUCCGGAACGAGCCUGUGUCUGAGAAGGUUGACAUAUGGUCUUUUGGAGUGGUGCUUUGGGAGCUGCUGACAGGGGAGAUCCCCUACAAGGAUGUGGACUCUUCAGCCAUCAUCUGGGGUGUUGGGAGCAACAGCUUGCACCUCCCAGUUCCCUCCACUUGCCCGGAUGGAUUCAAAAUCCUUAUGAAGCAGACAUGGCAGAGUAAGCCUCGCAACCGGCCUUCCUUUCGGCAGACACUCAUGCAUCUCGACAUUGCAUCUGCGGAUGUGCUUGCCACCCCACAGGAAACUUACUUCAAGUCUCAGGCUGAAUGGAGAGAAGAAGUGAAAAAACACUUUGAGAAAAUCAAAAGUGAAGGGGCCUGUAUACACCGCUUAGAUGAAGAACUGAUCCGCCGGCGCAGGGAGGAGCUCAGACAUGCUCUGGACAUUCGAGAGCACUAUGAGCGAAAGCUUGAACGAGCUAACAAUCUGUACAUGGAACUGAGUGCCAUCAUGCUGCAGUUGGAAAUGCGGGAGAAGGAGCUCCUAAAGCGAGAGCAAGCAGUGGAAAAGAAGUACCCUGGGACCUACAAACGACACCCCGUCCGUCCAAUAAUCCACCCAAAUGCCAUGGAGAAGCUCAUGAAAAGGAAGAGUGUGCCUCACAAGGCUGGAGUGCAGACCAAGCGGCCAGACCUGUUACGAUCUGAAGGUAUCCCCAGUACAGAAGUAGUUCCCACUGCGUCUCCUCUGUCUGGAAGUCCCAAAAUGUCCACGUCAAGCAGCAAGAGCCGAUAUCGAAGCAAACCACGUCACCGCCGAGGGAAUAGCAGAGGCAGCCAUAGUGACUUUGCAGCAAUCUUGAAAAGCCAGCCAACCCAGGAAAAUUCACCCUACCCUGUUUAUCUGCACCACACUCAGGCUCCAUGCCCUUCUCUCCAUCAGCAUAAUCCCCUUCAGCAGCAAUACCAGCAACCCCCUUCCGCACUGCCUCAGAGCCGCCAUCCCAGACUCAAUAUGCACGGGCAGGACAUUGCAAUCUGUGCCAAUAACCUGAGGUAUUUUGGCCCAGCAGCAGCCCUGCGGAGUCCACUCAGCAACCAUGCUCAAAGACAGAUGCCUGGCUCCAGCCCGGACCUCAUCUCCACAGCCGUGGCAGCAGAUUGCUGGAGGGGUUCUGAUCUUGAGCAAGCCGGACCCUGGGGCUGCUGUCAGACAGAAGCCUAUGAUCCCUGUCUCCAGUGCAGGCCAGAGCAUUCUGGAUCUUUAGAUGUUCCUACCACUGAGCCAAUGGGAAGCAACCUAGACUGUUCCAGUUCACCAGCACACAAUCCUCUUUCAGGAAAUGCCCAAGGCUCUGAGAGAAUGGAGGCAAAUGGAUUCAAUGGCAGUCAAUCUGGUAUUUCUCAUCAAUUCACACCCCCAAUGCUACCUCAAAAGACACGACCCCUGCAGAAGAGCGGAGAGGACUCCUCAGAAGAAGAAGGGGAAGUAGACAGUGAAGUGGAGUUUCCUCGCAGACAGAGGCCCCACCGUUGUAUUAGCAGCUGCCAGUCAUACUCAACCUUUAGCUCUGAGAACUUCUCCGUGUCUGAUGGAGAGGAAGGAAACACUAGUGACCACUCGAACAGUCCCGAUGAGUCAGCUGAUAGACGGGAAGACCGCCUGGCAGAGAAACUAGAUGACCUACUGUCCCAGACACCCGAGGCCCCCAUCGAGAUCUCCUCCCACUCAGACGGGCUGUCUGACAAGGAAUGUGCUGUCCGGCGUGUGAAGACACAGAUGUCCCUGGGCAAGCUGUGUGCAGAGGAGCGUGGCUACGAGAAUGCUGUGCAGUUUGGAGACUCGGACUGUGACUCUUCAGAGGGUGAAUGUUCUGACGCCACUGUUAGGACCAGCAAGAACUUCAGCUCUGCCACUUGGUGACAAGCACUCUCCAUCAGAAGAUCUCGAGACACUGGCAUCUCGAAUCCUCUCCAGCUCUAGACUCCUCCCACCUGCAUUUGUCUGGGAGGAGUGGCCCAGUCCCAGAAACAAGCCACACUGAUAGGAACACGAGACUGGUUAAAUCUCUGGGGAAAUACCCAAAUGAUACUACAUCUCACUGAGCAUUCAAUCAGGGAUGGCAGGGAUCUACUGUACCGGAUCCUCCAGCUACUGUAACACUGAUAUUUAUUUUUGUUGGACAUUUUAACACUUUAUAUUGUAAAGAGUGAACUAUAUAUGAUACACAGACACAAUAAUUUCUUUACAAAAAAAAACAAAAAACAAAG